GCUGCAACUAAACAUACAACAGCCAUGAAAAUUGCAGUGUGCAUGCGUCACACAGCUCCUAUGACUGGAGCUGCCUGUACUUCUGUAAAUGAUCAGCCCCAAACUUGCACUUGUAAAGAGAAGAAGAUCAGCAGAACUCCUCCUCAUGUUAGCCAGAGCAUCUCCUGUACACAGAUGGCUGAGCUGCUGAGUGGGUUCUAAGAGAUUAAGAAAGAGAUGAAUCUCUACUCAACAAUUUGGAGAUUCAUUAUGAUACUACAUUUUUCCAUUAAGGGUUGGCCUUUGCUCCCUGCUAGCUGCCAACAACUCAAUCGCCAUGGCCACGUGACAGUAGAACCAUCUCCGCUAUUCCUCAUCGGCUCAAACCUGACAGUGUACUGCCGAAUCAACAAAUGUGAACUAGGGGACAUAUCCCUGGUGCUAAAUAAUAAGCCUGUGGCACCUGGGAAGAGAGUCAACUGCACCAUGAUGAUAUUCAAUUUGGUCAAUGUCCGGAUACCAAAAUCUACCGUGGUGUGCAAGCUGACGAUGAAGAUUGUCGAUGGAAAGGACCUUCAUGGCGGGCUCCCUCCAGAUAAACCUGAAAAUGUUAUCUGUGAAACAACAAGGAGCUCAGAUUUUACAAACUGCUCAUGGGAGAGAGGACAGGAAACAUAUCUCCCCACUACCUACAACGUUACAGUCAACAGUGAAAAUGGGACCCAGAUACUUUCACAUCAGAAACAGGAGUCUGAGAAAAUCACCAUACCACGAGCGAAGAUAGAUGAAAACACUAAAUACCAGUUGAUUAUCACUGCUUACAACCACUUUGGAGCAUCACAGUCUGAUCCAUUCAUCCUCUGUGUAAAGGAUAUAGUGAUACCAGAGACCCCUCGUCUUAUGCAUAUAGAGUUUGGGAAUGACUCCACAGGAGCCAUGUUGCAUUGGAAAAGCACUGAAUCCUCAGAUCAUCUCAGAUCCUAUGUCAGGCUCCGCACAGAAAAUGGCUUCUGGAGAGCGGUAGAGGGAACAGAGCUCAGCAAGGGUCUGAUACAAAUGGUCGGCCUGAGGCCUCUGACUGAAUAUGAGUUCCAGAUGAGAACAUGUGAUUUUCGACCUGUUUUGAGAAAGUUGACUCCUGCAGGAAACAGCAAUGCUGUGUUUGUCUCCUGGACGUCGCCAGGGAACAAACAUUGGUCAGCAUCUGGAGGAAAACUGCUGCAUUAUGUGUUAGAAUGGACACGUGUACCUGCACCUGUAUCUGUAUCUGUACUGUGGCAAAAACUGGCCAAAGAUCAAAACAAACAUCAAACAUCACAGGUACAGAGAGACGAAACAGACCCCAUUUAUACCCACUGGAACACACACACACAGAAAUAAAACAGAGCUUGGUAAUUAAUCAUAAAAUAGGCACAAUAUGAUUUAUCCAUAACUUGGCACGUGCAUUUAUGAAUUCAAACACAAGGGCUUAAACUGGGAUCAAACAGUGGCGUCUUGUGGCCAGUUUGUGAAUUACACUAGUUGGAAAACUUAAUAAUAUGAUACUCUAAAUCCAACUGAAGACGAAGUUCUUUAGCAAAUUUGAAUGUUUGUGAAAUAUAGUGGCAUUCAUGGUGAGAGUAGUUUAGUUUUUCCUGUAUUGUUUUAGGUCUGACUGCAGGUGUGAGGUACAGUAUCUCUCUGUACGCUGUGACCACCAGAGGUGUUAGUGCUCCAUCUUCCGGUCUGGUCUACUCCAAAGAACAGAGUAAGUUUCAUAGAUGCCACGUCCCCAAAAACAGUUUAUUCCUACAAUUUUAAGAUUAAAAAUGAAAAUGUUUCAACAUCUGAGUUCAUCAUGUGAUAGAUUUUGUAC